GGGGGAGUCUCGGGGAUGACAGUGUCUUUGCCCGUUGGGGUAACGGUCGUCGUUACCGGGCGGGCCUGACGCGCCGCACCAUCCGCCACGGCCGCAGCAGCCCCGGCCCAACCGAGCUAGAGCGGCGCGUGAAGGCAGGGUGAGGGCGGCCAGGCGCGAGGGAGGGGCCUGCAGCGGGCCUCGUCGUGCGCGCUGGGCGGCGGCGGCGGCCUGGCGGGGUAAGCUCGCCCGAGCCGCUGCUGGGCAGGCGGCGGCGGCGGCGGUGGUGGCAGUCGCGCUUGGAGGAGUCUUCAGUGCCGGGCUGAAAAGAUGGCAGGGCUGUGAGGGGGCGGCGCUUGCGCUGGUGACCCCGAGUGUGUGCGGCCGAGGAGCGAGGGGCGCCGCCGCUGCCUGCCGGGCCUGUUCCCCGCCCCCUCCUGCCGCCGCGGGCCCGCGCGCACUUCCUCCCGGGCCUCCCUUUCGGGCGGGGGCCUCCCGCCCGCCGCGCCAGGCGCAGCGUGGGUCCCGCGUCCGGCAUGGCGAGAACGGCAGCGGCGCGCGCCCGCCGCAGCAGCAGCAGCAGCAGCAACCUCGGCCGCCGCAGCUGCUGGCACUAAACCCGGGAAGCCGACGCCUGCGCGGUAGUCCUCGUCGUCCCGCUGCCUCCGCGCCGGCUGCGAUGGAGUAAGGGCCCAGCGGCCGGAGAGAAGAGUGCCCCGCCUGGACCCCACCGGGCCCGUUCCUGUGUGCGCCAGCUCCAUCCGGAGGGGCCUCCGCGGCCGGACAUGCUGCACGAGCGCAGGCCGCCCGCCGAGCCGCGGGGCUAGAGCGAGCGCCGAUCCCGGCCGGAGCAGCCAAGCCGCGGCUGUCUAGGACGAACUCGAACCCUGUUUUUUUUUUUUUUUUUUUUUUUAACCUCUCUCUCUUCGGGCUGCAAGUCUCAGGGACGGAGGAGGGGCGGCAAGGCCCCAUGUGUGGGAGGAUCGCUUCAGCUUCACAAACUUGCACGGAUUUUGGUUGCUGCUUGGGCCAGCGGUUCUGCUCAGAUUUCUUCCGAAUUGUUGUAAAUUCGCCAUUGUUCCCCGGCUGCUUACAAACUUGGAUCCGGAAUUUCUUUUCAACCGGGAGCCAUUGGUGUCGAAGUGUCUGCAAUGAACCCCGUGAAUGCUACUGCUCUCUACAUUUCCGCGAGCCGCCUAGUGCUCAACUACGACCCCGGAGACCCCAAGGCGUUUACAGAGAUUAACAGGCUCUUGCCUUACUUCCGACAGUCCCUCUCUUGCUGUGUUUGCGGACAUUUGCUACAAGAUCCCAUUGCACCCACCAACUCCACCUGCCAACACUAUGUCUGCAAAACUUGUAAAGGCAAGAAAAUGAUGAUGAAACCUUCAUGUAGCUGGUGCAAAGACUAUGAGCAGUUUGAGGAAAACAAGCAGUUAAGCAUCCUCGUGAACUGCUACAAGAAACUGUGUGAAUAUAUAACCCAGACAACACUGGCGCGGGAUAUAAUAGAAGCAGUUGACUGUUCUUCUGAUAUUUUAGCUUUGCUUAAUGACGGAUCAUUGUUUUGUGAGGAGACAGAGAAACCUUCCGAUUCAUCCUUCACUCUGUGUUUGACACAUUCCCCUUUACCUUCAACCUCAGAGCCCACAGCUGAUCCUCAAGCUAGUUUAUCUCCAAUGUCUGAAAGCACCCUCAGCAUUGCUAUCGGCAGUUCUGUUAUCAAUGGUUUGCCCACUUACAAUGGGCUUUCAAUAGAUAGAUUUGGUAUAAAUAUACCUUCACCUGAACAUCCAAAUACAAUUGACGUUUGUAAUACUGUUGAUAUAAAAACUGAGGAUCUGUCUGACAGCCUCCCCCCUGUCUGUGACACAGUAGCCACUGACUUAUGCUCCACAGGUAUUGAUAUCUGUAGUUUCAGUGAAGACAUAAAACCUGGUGACUCGCUUUUGCUGAGUGUUGAGGAAGUACUCCGGAGCUUAGAAACUGUUUCAAAUACAGAGGUUUGCUGUCCUAAUUUGCAGCCAAACUUGGAAGCCACUGUAUCUAAUGGACCUUUUUUGCAGCUUUCUUCCCAGUCUCUUAGCCAUAAUGUUUUCAUGUCUACCAGCCCUGCACUUCAUGGGUUAUCAUGUACAGCAGCAACUCCGAAGGUAGCAAAGUUGAAUCGCAAAAGAUCCAGAUCUGAAAGCGACAGUGAGAAAGUUCAGCCACUUCCAAUUUCUACCAUUAUCCGAGGCCCAACACUGGGAGCAUCUGCUCCGGUGACAGUGAAGCGGGAAAGCAAGAUCUCUCUUCAGCCUAUAGCAACUGUUCCCAAUGGAGGCACGACACCCAAGAUCAGCAAAACUGUACUUUUAUCUACUAAAAGCAUGAAAAAGAGUCAUGAACAUGGAUCGAAGAAAUCCCACUCUAAAUCUAAGCCAGGUAUUCUUAAAAAAGACAAAACAGUAAAGGAAAAGAUUGCUAGUCAUCAUUUUAUGCCAGGAAGUCCUACCAAGACUGUCUACAAAAAGCCCCAGGAAAAGAAAGGAUGUAAAUGUGGGCGUGCUACUCAAAAUCCAAGUGUUCUUACAUGCCGCGGCCAACGCUGCCCUUGCUACUCUAACCGGAAAGCCUGCUUAGAUUGUAUAUGUCGUGGCUGCCAAAACUCCUAUAUGGCCAAUGGGGAGAAGAAGCUGGAGGCGUUUGCGGUGCCAGAAAAGGCCUUGGAGCAGACCAGGCUCACUUUGGGCAUUAAUGUGACUAGCAUUGCUGUGCGUAAUGCAAGUACCAGCACCAGUGUAAUUAAUGUCACAGGGUCCCCAGUAACGACAUUUUUAGCUGCCAGUACACAUGAUGAUAAAAGUUUGGAUGAAGCUAUAGAUAUGAGAUUCAACUGUUAAAUCAGUGGGUCUUGAAACCUACCCCUGGUAGGAAAUAGCUACAGUUUUACGGCAGCUAUGGUUCUGUUGGUUUAACUUGCCGGAGCUCCUGCAUAUAGAUCACUUGUAUCAAGUGUUUUCAUUGCUAAGUUAUAUGUGUUAGUGUCGGGGAAAUAGUUUGCAGAUUAUGGAGGAGUAACCCUACAACUAUAUGUUCUUAGUUCUUACAGAACCUCAUAGUUUGAGAACAAAUGCUGAUGCAACUGAUUUAUACAAAAUGAACUUUGGCAAGGAAAAUAACAAUAACCUCAUUGUUUAUGGUCAUGCUUUGUGCAUAAUCAAAGUUGAUGAUUAAAUGUAAGGAAGUGGUAUCCAGUCGGCCCAUAACGAUUGUGCUAAUUUUUUUGUGGAAAAGUAGCCAUUAGUUUAUCAGGAGACCUUGUGCUGCCUUCAGAUGCUGCAGUGAUGUUUCUCCUGGUGAAAAGCUGAUGUGUCCAGCUCAACCUUUGUGCUGACAAUACCAUUUCUGAUCAUGAAAAUUGGCUACUGGCGUGUAUGUAGCAGUUCUUAAAUCAGCAGUAUUAUGAAAGAAAAUUUCCCCCUCAUUAGAAUGUUUUAAGAAAUCUGUCUUUUAAAAAGUGAACAAAUAAAUUCUGUCAGACCACAAAUGUUAAGCUGUUUAUGCUUUAAAUAUUUGAGUUCAGCCCCCUUUCUAGUUAUGACUCACUUCUAUGAGAAAAUCCUAAGUCCUUUCACUUUGAGCAAUGUUCUGUUUGAUAAAGUGAAGAGCUGUUUUAUUCUGAACAUAAUUGAAUUUAUAUAGUUCAUGACAUAAUUUUUAAAAAUAUAAAAAGAAUUUAAAAAUUGGGUUUUAUUUAAAAUAAUUUUGGAAUAAUGCCCUAAAUGUUCCCAGAUUUAUGCAUUAUACUUAUUGCCAUUGAUGACUUCUUUGAUUUUUAUUUCCUGUUUAUUUGCCACAGGCUUUACCUUGAAUAUACUCCUUUGUUUUUUUCUUUUAAAGGGUGCUGUUCAUAAUGAAGGCUUCUUUAUCAAGGCCUUAAUAAAAGAUGCCUUUGAUGAAGCCUGUGCAUUUAGGUAGGUGUAAAGCUCGGAGGAUUUUCUUUAGAAUGCUCUUUUGCAUGUAAAGCACAACUGUGUUUGAGUUUUAAUGUACUUCUUCCUGUUAACUUCAUGGGGAAGACAGACAUUCUGUUGAAGGGAAGUCUAGUCAGUCGCUUGAAAGAGCACAGCCCAGGUAAACAAGGACUGACUAGGUAUAGAGAGAACCUUGUGAUUUCAGAGUCGCUGCUUUGGCAGUGCUUAUUUUAAGAGAAAUACUGCUAGGGAAGUUCCAGUUCCUACUGCAUUCACCGUCUGGUGAGAUCUGAGUGUUGGAGUUGUUUUGAUUUGGCACACAGCAUGUUCAAUGAUGGUUCCUCGCCUCAUAAAGACACGGAGAGAAUCCUUUGGACACAGAGCAGAUGACACCUCCUGUUUUGUAGUGUAUUCUGGUGUCAUUUUCUGUGAAUGUGGUCAGGUAGUCGUUUUGUUGUUGUCAUUGGGCUUUUUUUUUAAAAAAAAAAACAAAAACAAAAAAAAUUUUUUGGUCUCUUGGUGGGGCGGGGGUGGGCUAAAGCCAUAGGAAGAAAAAUGUGAUGUAUGUGUCCAGUAUGUACGAUUUUGUUUUUGUUUUGCAAGAAGAGUUGAACUAUUUUUGAUAACAAGAGUAAAUGGUGGAAAAUGCUUCUUAGUUGUCUUGUCUUUAUUUGCUUACCAAAUUUUGGAAUUUAUUUAAAUCCUUUAAGUGGUAGCAGUGUGUUAUGAAUCAUGUAUUUACCUAAAGUUUGUAACAGUUUGUGUUGGACCAGAACCCCUGCUAUAUAAUCAUGUAAAUCUGUUUUUUAUUCACUAAUGAUCACUGCAAAAAUGACUAGAAAUGAGACUGUACACAUGGAUAAUUAGGCUUUAUUUUGCAGAUCUCCCAAACUUUCCUAAAAUGAUCUUAAAAUUCAUGGAGUACCUCAUUACUCCCCAAAUUUGAUAAUCUAGCUUUGUAUUUUGAUGCAUGGGAGGUUGGCAAUAGAGACAGAAGUGGAAAUCAGUAUGUGAGGAUCUUGAUUGUGUUAUGUAAUAUUGCCAAUGAUGAAUUCAGGUUGUUUUUAGCACAAGUUUCUCUUUUUUAUGCUGGUAAUCUCACUGCCACAUUUUUGGAAACCUGUAUCACACCUUGAGUCUAUCAAUAAAUGAUAGUUUU